CGGGUUGCUCCUUUGGACGUGCCACGGCGGCCAGGCCAGCAGAAAUGGAGUCUAACAUAGGCCGUCCAUGCAGCCGAUACGUCCGACCGAGCACCCCGCAAAGAGAUGUCCCGAGCUAAUGUGGAGGAAAUGGCCGUCACGAACCUGGACAUUCCGCCCAUCCUGCCUCUAGUGUCUGGAAAUAAGUGAAGGCUCUCAAUAAAUUGGAUUGUACUUCUCCGAGCCUCCUCCCUCCCCGGACCUUACGUUUCGCUCAUUGUUACCCACGCCACCGUCAUCAUGAAUCACUCGAGCAAGAACACACAGGCAGUCAAGCUCACAGGCGAGGACAUUGCAAAGCACAACAGCCGCGACUCCUGCUGGGUCAUUGUACACGGUCGCGCGUACGACGUCACCGAGUUCCUGCCAGAGCAUCCUGGAGGUCCCAAGAUCAUCCUCAAAUAUGGUGGCAAAGAUGCCACCGAGGAGUACGAACCCAUUCACCCGCCAGACACACUCGAGAAGUACUUGCCAAAGGACAAGCACCUUGGCGAGGUGGACAUGGGAACAGUCGCGAAGGAAGAGAAGGAGUUCGACCCUUACGAGGAGGAGAGACAGAAGAACAUUGAGCGCAUGCCUAUUCUGGAGCAAUGUUACAACCUAAUGGACUUCGAGGCUGUUGCACGCAAGGUCUUGAAGAAGACAGCCUGGGCAUACUACUCCAGUGCUGCCGAUGACGAGAUUACUCUGCGGGAGAACCACAGCGCGUUUCACAAGAUUUGGUUCCGCCCGCGGGUGCUCGUCGAUGUCGAGAAAGUUGAUAUGUCCACCACAAUGCUCGGCACCAAGGUCGACAUCCCCUUCUACGUUACCGCCACGGCGCUUGGCAAGCUCGGACACCCAGAAGGAGAGGUCGUUCUGACCCGCGGCGCGAAGAAACACAACGUUAUCCAGAUGAUCCCAACUCUAGCAUCUUGUUCGUUUGACGAGAUCAUGGACGCAGCGGACGACCAGGUCCAAUGGCUGCAGCUAUACGUGAACAAGGAUCGCGAAGUUACUAAGCGGAUUGUACAAUACGCAGAAAAGCGCGGCUGCAAGGGACUGUUCAUUACAGUCGAUGCACCGCAGCUCGGUCGCCGCGAGAAAGAUAUGCGAUCAAAGUUCAGCGAUGUGGGUUCUAGCGUCCAGAGCAGCGACGGGAAAGAAGUGGACCGAAGCCAGGGUGCUGCACGUGCCAUCUCGUCCUUCAUUGACCCGAGCUUGUCCUGGAAAGAUAUCGCUUGGUUCCAGAGCAUCACUAAAAUGCCCAUUCUUUUAAAGGGCGUCCAAUGCGUCGAGGAUGUCAUUCGCGCCGUCGAGGUCGGUGUACAGGGGGUUGUUCUCUCCAACCACGGUGGUCGCCAGCUAGACACAGCGCGCUCGGGUAUUGAGGUCCUCGCUGAGGUCAUGCCUGUGCUGCGUGCUCGCGGCUGGCAAGAUCGCCUCGAAGUUUACAUUGAUGGUGGCAUCAGGCGUGCGACUGACAUUAUUAAGGCUAUGUGUCUUGGUGCAACUGGUGUUGGUAUCGGGCGUCCAUUUCUUUACGCCAUGUCUGCUUAUGGUCUCCCUGGCGUAGACCAUGCCAUGCAGCUGCUCAAGGACGAGAUGGAAAUGAACAUGAGGCUGAUUGGUGCUUCCAAGAUCUCGGAUUUGAAUACCUCCAUGAUCGAUACACGAGGACUAAGCACGCACAGCACGACGGUGCCAGUCGACACCCUCGGUCUCAAUGUCUACGAUGCACUUCAAGGACCCCAGGAGAAGGCUAAAGCAAAGCUCUGAGCUUCUGCCUUGGUCUUCUGUACACAUGCAUAUAUCUGGAGCGUUUAGAUUUGUUCGAUUUACUUGUAGGCAUUAUGUUUGAAAAUAACAGCAUACACCCAA